AUAAACGGGCAGAGGAUGGAGGUAGGCCUAGUGGGGGAGAGCCCGCUGUUGGAGAUAGAGGAGGAGAUGGAGGAAGACGAGCAGAGGCUGGAAAUUCACAGGUCGAACUGUGUGUUUGUCAGCAUGGCUUUGGUGCCGUACGAUGAAAACAUGGUGCCCUCUUUAUCCAAACUCCACUCGUCUUCGGCUGAGUUCCGGUUCGCCGAGCGCCGCAUCCGAUUGGCUCAGGACUGGAGAGGAGGGGGCGUGGCCGCCGUCGUGUGGGACGCGGCGGUGGUGAUGUGUGUGUACCUGGAGCUCGGACACGUGGACCUGAAGAACAGAACCGUCAUUGAGCUCGGUGCUGGUACUGGGCUGGUGGGCAUCGUCGCUGCACUGCUCGGAGCUGACGUAACGAUCACCGACCGGAGCCCAGCCCUGGAGUUCUUGGAGGCGAAUGUAAGAGAGAAUGUUCCUCCGCACCUGCAGGGGGCAGUGCACGUUUCUGAGCUCACAUGGGGAGAAGGAUUAGCGCGCUAUCGCUCCGGCGGCUACGACCUCAUCCUGGGAGCGGACAUUGUUUACCUGGAGGAGACGUUCCCCGCUCUGCUGCACACCCUGGAACACUUGAGCUCGGAGAACACGGAGGUCCUUCUAGCAUGCCGAAUCCGUUACGAGCGAGACGAGCGCUUCCUGAGCAUGCUGGGAAAUCAGUUUUCGGUGCAGGAGGUUUACUACGAUUCACAGAGGGACGUUCACAUCUACAGAGCGGUGAAAAAUAAGACGAAGAUGAGGACCGAGUUCUGAGGACCUGAUUGGACAUCUUGAUAACUGUCUAAGAUUUUAUCAUGAUGCGUGUUCAUUAUGAUGUUGCAGAUAAAAUUGUUAUUGAAAGUCAGAA